AUGGGAUUAACAUCCUCAAGUCUGUGCUGCAUAUCCGAUCCAAUAAACUCAACAAUAAUCGAAAAAAGAAAACAUCUUCAUCAAUCAAGAAGUUACCAAAAUAAGAACAACUGGAUACCUACUAAUAAUAAACGUAGCUCACCAUCUUAUCCGAAAUUAUUUGACCCUCAAUACACUAAAAGUACACAACCAAUACCCCGCAUGGUAAUGACCGAAACAGGUAUUCUUAAUCAUACUUCAAGAUCUCAUAUCGAGGAAACCAACAAAGGAGGAGAUAACAACAAUAAUCCACAUCUAAUAGAAAACAUCGACGAUUCGGAUGAUGAAAAAGAUGAAUUGACUGUACAGGAGAAACAAAUUGAUGAAAAUGAAAAUGCAAACCUUCUAUCGCCUAGUGACGAUAGUUCCAUUGCGACAUCACAGUAUGAGAUCCACAAUGUGCCAAUAGACCUCCAAGGAAAUCAGAAUUCAAAUGGUACUUACUCUAAUUCGACAAUGGAUAUAGACAAUGCUACUCAAAAUGACAUACAUCAACAGAAUGAGACUGUUCCAAAUUAUAAUGAAAUAUAUCCUGGCGAUGACAAUGAAGAUCUAAUAGAUUUAACAAUAUUACAACCAGAUCAAUACCAUGCCCCUGGUUUUAAGACCCUAUUAUCCCCAAGGAAACCUGAAUUUUCUAAUAAGAAAUGCUUAGUCUUGGAUCUAGAUGAGACUUUAGUUCACUCCUCAUUCAAAUAUGUCCGCACCGCUGACUUUGUUUUACCUGUCGAGAUCGAAGAUCAGAUACAUAAUGUUUACGUUAUAAAGAGACCUGGUGUUGAUGAAUUUUUGAAAAGAGUUGGCGAAUUGUACGAAGUUGUUGUAUUUACAGCAAGUGUCUCUAGGUAUGGUGAUCCAUUACUAAAUAUAUUGGACCAGAGUAACUCCGUACAUCAUAGACUUUUCAGAGAGGCAUGUUAUAACUACGAGGGAAAUUAUAUUAAGAAUCUGGCCCAAAUAGGUAGACCUUUGUCUGAUAUUAUUAUUCUUGAUAAUUCACCAGCUUCAUAUAUGUUCCAUCCACAACAUGCAAUCCCAAUAUCUUCUUGGUUUUCUGACACGCAUGAUAAUGAACUAUUAGAUAUUAUACCGUUAUUGGAGGACCUUUCCCACGAUUCUGUGUUAGAUGUGGGGAAAAUUCUCGAUGUAACAAUAUGA